AUGUCUGUUUUUGAUAAACAAAAAAUUAUAGAUUUUGUAGAAAAUGAAUUUAAUAAUAAUGCUCUUCCUGCUUUAUAAGAUUAUAUAAGAAUUCCUAAUUUAUCACCAUCAUUUGAUUAAUAAUGGUAAGAAAAUGGUUUAUUAUUUAAAGCGGCAAAUCAUUUAAAAUAAUGGGUUGAAAAAUAAAAUUUAAAAAAUACAUUGGUUGAAAUAAUUUAAGACAAAGGCAAGCCCCCACUUAUAUUUAUAGAAGUAGCUCCAACUGAUACAUCAGGAAAGACUGCAUUAUUUUAUGGUCAUUAUGACAAAUAACCUCAUUUCACAGGUUGGAGUGAAGGCCUAGGACCAACUAAUCCUGUAAUAAAAGAUGAUUUUUUAUAUGGAAGGGGAGCAUCAGAUGACGGAUAUUCAAUAUUUGGAUCAAUUUUAGCAAUAAAAGCUUGCCAAGUUUUAGGAUAUGGUCAUCCUAAAUGUUUAGUUACUAUAGAAGGAGAAGAAGAGAGUGGAAGUUACCAUUACAUGACUUAUCUAAAUAAUUUAAGUGAUAGAAUAGGUACACCUGAUUUCGUUUUCUGCUUAGAUAGUGGAUGCUGCAAUUAUGAUAAUAUGUGGAUUACUACUUCUCUAAGAGGAGUUAUCGAAGCUAAUUUAACUGUAUAAGUUUUAAAUGAAGGAGUUCAUUCUGGAGAUGCGAGUGGAAUUGUACCUUGUAGUUUUAGAAUUUUAAGAUAGGUUUUAGAAAGGCUUGAGAACUCACAAACUGGCAGAGUAAUUGAUUUAUUCCAAGUUGACAUUCCUCCUCAUAGAUAUGAAGAAGCAUAUAAAGUUGCAUAAGAAAUGGAUAAAAAUAUAAUAAACAAAUUUCCUUAUCAUGGAGGAAUGCUUCCUACCUCUUAAAAUUAAUUUGAAGCUUACUUAAAUAGAACUUGGAGAUCUUAAUUGACUAUUACUGGAGCUGAUGGUCUUCCAUAAACAUCUUUAGCUGGAAAUGUAUUGAGGCCUUCCACAACUAUUAAAUUAUCAAUGAGAAUUCCUCCUACGCUGGAUUAUAAAAAAGCUGCUUAAGAUUUAAAAUAACUCUUAGAAUCUAAUCCACCUUACAAUGCGCUUAUUAGUGUUGAUAAUAUUGAUCCUGCAGGAGGUUGGAGCUCUCCAUUAGUUUGGGAUUGCUUAUAGAAAAGUAUGAAUUAAUCUUCAAUAAAUUAUUUUGGUCGUCCAAUUUAAUCUUAGGGAGAAGGUGGAUCAAUUCCUUUAAUGAAUGAAUUGUAAGAAAAAUGGAAAAACCUAUAAUUUAUUGUUACAGGAGUUUUAGGUCCAAAAUCAAAUGCUCAUGGUCCUAAUGAAAUGCUUAAUUUAAAUUAUACUAAAAAACUAAUUUGUUGUAUGACUUAAAUAUUAUCUGAUGUAUCAGUUAGUUUCUCUAAAAACAAUUGAAAAAAACAACUAAAAUAAAAAAUAUAUAUUUUUAUAUUUAAAAAAAUUAAAUACAGUAUAAAGAAAUUUAGAAACACUAAAUUUAAAUUUAAAAAUAAUAAAAUAA